UCGUGUCACCACUUUUGCGUGCUCCUUAUCGCGCAAAAUAAAACUCCGAAAAAACAGCACAAAUUCACGCGGCCAUUCCCGGGGGUGCUUGUGCAAUACUUUAACCGAGUGCCGUCAGUCGAUUUUAGUCAAUUUUUGGUUCCCGUUGCAAAAGUGCUGAUGCGGCAGGUGUUUGUCACACAGAAAAGCGAAACGUGUUCCAUUCAUUCAGUCUGAUUAGAGCGAUGGCUGAUAACAACAGCUGUUAGGUGAGUUCGGGGGCCACCCGAGGACUCGUGCAACCGAUAACGCGCUAGCACGAAAGAUGGCCAACACUAGAACGACUAGCACCAGCAGCAACGAUCUGCCGAACAAUUGCAGCAAAAAGGAAACCUUCCGGGAACGACAGGAAACGGAACUGGAAGUGAUUCGGUCGAUUUACGAAACCCAGGUUGAGGAUCUUCGGCCCAAGGAAGGAAAAUGGCGCCCUUUGGAAGUGCGACUCAGGCUGACUCCCCAGAAGGGAUCGGCCCGAGAAGCUUACGUCAGAACGGACUUGCGAGUUAGCUGUAAUAAGAAUUAUCCCAAAUAUCCGCCGAAAAUUGAACUGGAAAACACUGUUGGAUUGUCGGAUGCUUUGGUGAAAGAUUUGCUUGAACAACUAAAGGCGCAAGCCGAUGAGCUGAAGGGGGAAGUAAUGAUCUACGAGUUGGCCGGAACGGUGGAAGGGUUCCUUCAUAAGCACAAUGCUCCGCCGAAGGGAAGUUUCUACGAUGAAAUGUUGGCCAAUCAACAAAAGCGAGCGAUGGAUUUGCAGAACACCUUGAAGGCGGAGGAAGAUCAACGGAGGCAGGUGGUUCAGGAUGAGCUGCAGAAAAGGAAGAAGGAGUUGGAGCGUACUAGGCGAGAAUCGAAACACAGCAUUAAUGAGACAAGCCCUUUGCAUCGGAACACGAGUUCGUCGGAUAACAGUGAAGGGAAUCAGUUCAGAGGAUUAUCCAAUUUUUGUCUGGAUCAUCGGAGAAGUGAGACCCUUUUCUUCAAGGACGGCAGAAAGAUUGUCAAAGGUUGUUGUUUGGGACAUUCUCAACGCGGUUGUAUAGCCUAUUCAGGGAUUGAUAUUCAAACUGGUCAACUCGUUUAUAUUACUGAAUGGAGUAUCGAUCUGGACGAGGAUGGGCAAACGAUAAAUGGAAAAAGCUCGGAGGAAGUUGUAUCAGAAAUUGAAAAACAAGUAGCGUGUUUGUCUACAAUAAAACACAAGAAUUUAAUCUCAUACGAAGGAGUGCUCUGUAAAGUUGGAAAAGAUGGAAUCGACAUCUAUGUUAUACAGGAUUUUAUUCUCGGGACAAGUUUGUUUACCAUAUCCGGUUCCCUGGGAUGGUCAGUGGAAGGUGCAAGUAUGGUUGCCAAAGGCAUUUUAGAAGCCUUAAUUCAUCUGCAUAACAAUGGAGUUUCUCACGAUAACCUUUCGGAUUCGACUGUCUUCAUGGAUAAUUCUGGUUACAUUCGGGUGGCCGAUUUCAAGCUCAUACCUUACAUUCAAGAGAUGAUCAACGGGCAACCGUGUGUCCGUAGCGAUCUUCCCGCACUCGGUUCCUUGGUAGAAUCAUUUUUUAAUGCCCACUCUGAGAUGAAAGAUUUUAUUGAUCGUUGCAAAUCAGAGCGCACGAUCUCGGCAUCAGACCUUUUAAGCCAUCCAUUCCUAAGACCGAUCCUGCUACAGGAUAUUCAUAAAGAAAAUCAUCGCACUGUUAAUCGGGAAGUCAAACCACCGGAACAGCAACCAACGGAACGUUCUGUCCACUCGAUCCCAGCUUACAUGAACACCUCCCUGACCACGGAAAAAUCUCGUCUGCAAACCGAGUUCGAAGUUCAAUCGUUCGUCGGAAAAGGUGCAUAUGGAGACGUGCUCAAGGUGAGAAAUAUUCUCGACAAUCGCCAGUACGCCAUAAAGCGAAUUUUGCUUCCGGCACGUUCCAAACAAUUCUACAAAAAGAUGACACGUGAGGUUGAACUACUUUCAAGGUUGAAUCACGAAAACGUCGUUCGGUAUUACAACAGUUGGGUCGAAGCUGUCAGUCCAAGCGACGCUGAGGUUCCCGGAGCGGAGGGAAGUGGCGAUGAAUGGUCAGUCAGUGUCGACAGUAUUCCUCGAAAAGUUCCCAGCUCGGCAGCCAAAGUUGUGAAGAAAAAUCUGGAUAAAAAUUCCGACUGGGUGCUGGACUGUAUGCCGAUUGAUUCCAGCAGCGACGAGGACGACGAUGAUGAUGAAGAUGAGGACGAGGAUAACGAUGAGGAUUUCUCCGAUGGGAUUGAGUUCGUUGAUUCGAAUGGAGAAGUCGCGACGUAUGGUGAAUUCAGCGAAGGUACCAAUGGUGGUGAACUGGAGGAUAAGAAAGUUCGAAAUGGCGCAGCUUCUGCCGCCGGACACCCGGAAAUGUUGUACAUGUACAUCCAGAUGGAAUUUUGCGAAAAGAGCACUUUGAGAACGGCCAUCGAUUCGGAUCUGUACCAGGAUGUCGAUCGUGUCUGGCGUUUGUUUCGGGAGAUUGCUGAAGGGCUGAGUCACAUCCAUCAACAGGGUAUGAUCCAUCGGGAUCUGAAACCGGCUAACGUUUUCCUUGAUUCCCGGGAUCAGGUCAAAAUAGGAGACUUUGGCCUGGCAACUACCAGUAUUCUUGCAUUGCAGAAUCAGCAACACGAACGAUUGGCUCACAGUCAUCAAUCGAAAUCGCUCGAUGCGGGCCACUCUAUGACCGGGAAGGUUGGAACGGCACUUUACGUUGCUCCUGAACUAACUGGAAACGCAUCGAAGUCGACCUACAAUCAAAAAGUGGAUCUUUUUUCGCUGGGUAUCGUUCUGUUUGAAAUGAGUUUUCCACCACUUUCCACCGGUAUGGAGAGGGUGAAAACUUUAAUGGACCUUCGUUCAGAGAGCGUAAUAUUCCCGGAAUCUAUUCUUGGUGACAAUAAGUAUUCGCAACAAGUUCAGGUUAUUCGUUGGUUGCUGAACCACGAUCCCAGCAAAAGACCAACGGCUGAAGAACUUCUUUCUUCGGAGAUUGUUCCACCGACACGAUUGGAGGCCGGUGAAAUCCAAGACGUUGUGCGCCACGUGUUGUCUAACCCUCAGUCGAGACAUUAUAAACAUUUGAUAGCGCGAUGUUUCGGUCAAGAGAGUGACGCGAUCUCCGAGCUGAGCUACCAUCUAGAUAUGGUUCCGAUAAUGCCUCGUUUCGAUUAUAUCAAAUCGAAAAUAGUUACCCUGUUUAGGCGACAUGGAGCAAUUGAAGUCGUGACACCGCUUCUAACACCGUACACCAAGUCCAUGGCCAGGGGAAACACUGUUAAGCUGAUGACUCACUCGGGUAGUAUCGUGUCAUUACCAGACGAUCUUCGGAUACCGUUUAUAAGGCAUGUCGCCUUGAAUGGAAUCAAAUUCAUACGGAGGUAUUCCAUUGGACGGGUUUAUCGGGAAAAGAAAGUAUUCAACUUCCAUCCGAAGCAAGUGUACGAAUGUGCGUUCGAUAUCGUUACACCUAUUCGAGGAAACUUGAUCGUGGAUGCAGAGCUCCUUUCGAUCGCAAAUGAGAUUAUGCGGGAGCUCAACCUGUUGGAUCCGGAACGGAACCUGUUCUUCCGAAUAAACCACAUAAGCCUACUGAGGUCCAUUUUGCUGUACUGCAACGUUCCAACCGACAAGUACAAAGAACUUUUCGAAAUCGUACUCGAUUUCCUGGAUGAGAAGAUCUCCAAAUUUCAACUGGUGGCAUCGAUCAACAAUCAAAUUCAGCAACCGGGUAUGAAAAUCAAUAGCACCUACCUAUGUGAUGCCCUGCAGGUUGACGUUCCGCUUACCCAAAUCAACGGCACGCUGCUCAAGUCGCUGAUCAAGGGGAAAGGUGAGGCUGCAAUGUUGGCCAAGGUUGCCAUACGAGAGUUGGAGACGGUUGUUUCGUUGGCCCAGGGCAUGGGCGUUCAGUGUCCGAUGACUGUUUGUCCAGGGUUGCCGCUGAACUAUGAAAGUGCUAAAAAUGGUGGCAUCGUUUGGCAACUUCUGGGAGAAUUGAAGGCGAAAAAGAAGAACCCUGUUACCACUAUCGCUGUUGGAGGGCGUUACGAUGCAAAACUUGCCGAAUUUCAGAAAUCUGGUGUGACCAACGGUUUACAGGUCCCAAAAGUGGAGCUUACCGGAGCAGGGCUGAGUUUCCAUCUGGACAAACUGAUUCACGCCAUCACUCCCUGUGCUGGUUGUGAACCAGUUGAAGUGCUAAUUUGCAUCACCGGGUCCAGGCCUCCUUUGAAAGAGGUGGUUCAAAUCUUACGCUCCCUAUGGUCCAACGGAAUUAAAACAGGAAUUCACGAGGGCGGUCUCUCCUUCGAAGACAGUGCCAAAGAAAUCGGUGCUAACUUGGUGGUCAUCGUUGGAGAAGGUGGGGAGCUAAGGGUACGCACAUGGAAUCACGAUCGUUUCCAAGAACGCCACGUCACUCGACCGGAGUUAAUAAGUUAUAUCCUGAAAAUCCUUCGACCGGAAGCGUCCAUCAGUGAAGCGACCAUUGCACUCCAGAACACCUCGCUGACGAGCGUCGCAUCUACCAAAAGUAUUCCGUCCCUGUUGAAUCAAUCGCAAAGUAACAAAACUGGCGCCUCAUCCAAUCUUAUCUUUUUGACGGCAGAAAAGAUCAACACCAAUAAAAGGCGCCGGUACGAAAACCAAGUUGAGCAUAGGCUGUCUCCAAUCCUAGCGAAAUUCCAACGGAAGGAAACAAUCUCGCUCAUUAUGGUAGAUCUACCGAACGCUCCGCUUCGAGGUUUGAUUGGUGUCAUAGAUCCAACAGAGCUAGUCAACGGCCCGGAUCAGAACUCAGCCAGCACUUUGGAGCUGAAGGCGCUCAUUGAAAAGUACCCCAAGUACAAGAAAAACAUCAAGGAAAUCUACGACGAAGUGAUUGACAUCUUCAGCGAAAGCAAGGAGAUUCCCGUGGUAGGCGUUUACAGCGUAGUGGAUUCGUUCUGCCGAUUGAUCUUGUAGAGGUUUUUGUUUCGUCCUUCAAAUAUGCCAUUUUACGUAAUAUAUUUAUUUUUAAGCAGUAGAGGGUUCAUCUUUCACGGCAGAGUGUUAUUUAGUAACGCUGGUUUGUACAAAUAGCAUUUGGCGUAGUAUAAUGGUAAACCGCUGAUUUUUUCAAGAAUGGCUAGUCUACAAACAUUUUUCAGUAUAUUACUGAUCACAACGUAGAUGCAGUGGAUUAAAUGCAAUACUCAGAGAGAAAAAGCUUAUCGUAAUUGAAAUUAUACUUAUUUCUGUGCAUCUUAAGUAUUGUUAACUCUCAGUUCUGUCUCCAUAAUUUCAUGAUUAUUUAUGAUUCAUCUUUUUAUGUUAGUCUCUUAUCACCUAUUUCCACAUAAUCGAAACUUUAUGAAUUCUCACUAGAGUAGAACUUCCAUAUUUUCAUUUCUUUGCCAUUGUCAUUUUGCCAAAUGUUCUUAGUGCAUACUGCACAAUGCUUCAAUGACACUCUGCCUUCGAUGGAACACGAGCACCUUCAAUGUAAAUUGUACCCUGAUGUUAUGAACAUUAAACAAUUAAACACAAACGAAAAACACCGAAAGUUCACUUAGCAAAGCGCCGAUUGAAAAAACGUACAACGUAAUUUGAAAAAUUCAAAAUACUAACCCGAUUAAAAAUCGAUAAAAUAAAAUACGCUAAAAAUAUGUGGACAUAUUACUGAUUUUUGUAAAACAAUAAAUAUUUUACCUUUACGAUAAAAA